AUGUUUGAGAGUUCUGUUCUCGUUUGUCAAACAUAUCAGCAAAAAAGGUAUAAUCGAAAUCGUGAUCAAAUUGUUAAUCAACCAUCAUCAUUCGAAUUAAAUUCAUCGGGUGAAGAUGUUUUAUCAAUAGCUCAUGAACAAUCCGCAAUGUUACCAUGCAAAGCGAUACUUCUUAUACCGGAACCAGAACGGGUUAUGUGGUACAAAUUAAAUUCUGAUCAUUAUCAAACAGCACCCACAACAUUAACUGUUGGAAAACAUUUAAUAACAAAAGAUUCAAGAAUAUCAGUAUUUCAUUAUACUUUUGAUCCAGUAAUACCAGCACGAUGGGAUUUAUAUAUUAGUAAAGUUAAACAAACAGAUCAAUCCUUAUAUCAAUGUCAUGUUAUAUUAAAUUCAAUAUCAUCAAGAUCAAAUGUACGAUUAAUUGUAGAAGACAUUACGGUUAACAUUCAACCGUCUGAUGUUAUCGUUGAAGCAGGUCAAAGUACUCAAUUCAGUUGUAAUUUUACCGGUAAAAAACGUGUUCGCCGCGAAACAGUAACAUGGCUAAAAGAUGAUCAACCUAUUAUCGUUAAUCAAGGUCAAAUUAUUUCAACUUCAGAAUAUCCAAAUGUAACAAUAACCAUUUUAAAAAUAUUUUCAUCAAAACCAUCUCAUACUGGCAAAUAUCGAUGUACAAAUGGUCAUAUAUUAGCAAAAGAAGCUAAAUUAUUUGUUAAAGAUUCACAAACAAAUCGUUUAUUUCAUUCUUUAUCAUCAGCAACAUGCGUUCUUCAAACAAGAACAGUACAACAAUUUUUAGCAAAUAAAUGA